CCCUGCAUAGGGCUUUAAGUUAGUAGAGUGAAUAUGCACGUUUUUAGUUUAUUUUAGAUAGAGAAUGUGUGUGUGUCCAAUAUAACCAUUGCUUCUCUCUAGUGUCUCCAAGUUCCUAAGCUUGGGUUGGCCUUGGAUUUGGGGUAAAAGGCCUUGAGAGAGAGCGAAGCUUGCUUCACUUUAUUCCCCCUUCAAAUUCGAUACUUUGCUCUGUACCCAUAACGAGGUUUGGUUUGGUUUUGCAAGAGAGAACCUCUCUCUUUCUCUCUCAUUCCUCUCUCUUUCUUUCAAACCAGCACAUUGUGUUCUCUCUCUCUCUCUCUCUCUCUUUUUUUUUUCUUUUUCUCUUGUGCUUCAUAAUCUCUUAUAGUUCUUACAACGUAUCAGGUGGUUGUCCCAUCUGCGCUUUCUUUCUUUCCUUGGGUUUUCAUCCUCUCCAAAACACGACCAUGUGAGAGAGUGUUUUUUGAUUUGUACCUCAUUGCCUAAAAUGGUGACAAACUGGGAUUUCCUCUGUUCCCUCAACGUUACCUAAGAAACAGAGGAGUGCCCUGUGCCCCCGCUCACACACACACACUUUGUUGUGCUUUGAACUUUGAUCAAUCAACACGUUGUGUCUUUUUCUUCCCUUAUAAUAAACAGAACCAAAAAUUAAACUGAAACCCAUGUUCUUAGGGUCCUGAGCCUUUUCAUCUUGGUUUAUUAUUAUAUUAUACUUGAGCUUCUCUUCAACAAGGAAAGGCUAUUAUUGGAUUGCUUUCUGUUGUUAACUCAGAAGGCUUUAUGAAGUUGUCCCAACAAUGGGAGAUGAGAACUCGAAGAAAAGCAAGCUUUCAUGGCCCAAAACGUUGGUCAUGAAGUGGUUCAAUAUUAAGAGCAAAAAUGAGGACUUUCAGGCAGAUGAUGUCCUCUACGCAGGUGUCAAUGAAGAGUGGAGGAACAACUGUUCACAGAGGGAUGAAGACGCUAUCAAGAGAACCAAAACAGAGAGAGCAAAGAAGAGACACUCAGAUAGAAUGCGGCGAGGUAAAAUUGACCGUGAUGCAGCUCAGGUUACAGAUGUGCAUAACUAUAGAAUCUUUGCUGCCACUUGGAAUGUAGCUGGAAAAUCUCCUCCAAGUUAUUUGAGUCUGGAAGAUUGGCUUCACUCUUCUGCUCCUGCUGAUAUCUAUGUUCUUGGGUUUCAAGAAAUUGUACCUCUCAAUGCGGGUAAUAUUUUGGGCACAGAAGACAAUGGCCCUGCCAGAAAGUGGCUAGCUCUUAUUAGGAAGACCCUGAAUAGUCUUCCUGGAACAAGCGGGGAAUGCCACACUACUUCACCGCUUCCUGACCCUAUUGUAGAGUUAGAUGCUGAUUUUGAGGGAUCAAUGAGGCAGAAGACGACCUCUUUCUUACAUCGCCGAUCGUUCCAAUCCUUGAGUCAUAGUAUGAGAAUGGACAAUGAGAUGUCACUACCCCAAGCAUGCCUUGAUCGUCGUCUCAGUGUCUGUGAUAGAAUGAUGUUUGGUCACAGGACAAGUGAUUAUGACCCCAGUUAUAGAUGGGCUUCCUCGGACGAUGAAAACGGCCCUAGCGACUCCCCAGUCGUAACACAUUAUUCACCAAUGACAUAUAGAUGUUGUUUCUCUAUGGAGGAUAGAGAUAGACAGACAGGGAAGUCAAGAUACUGUUUGGUUGCUAGUAAGCAAAUGGUUGGGAUAUUUCUAACAGUUUGGGUGAAAAGUGAUAUAAGAGAUGAUGUUCUCAAUAUGAAAGUGUCUUGUGUUGGCAGAGGAUUAAUGGGAUAUCUUGGAAACAAGGGUUCAAUAUCAAUUAGCAUGUCUUUGCACCAAACAAGCUUUUGCUUCAUCUGUAGUCAUUUGACUUCUGGACAAAAGGAAGGUGAUGAGCUAAGGAGAAAUUCAGAUGUAAUGGAGAUUCUCAGAAAGACAAGGUUUCCCCGGGUUCAAGGCAUGGGUGAUGAGAGUUCUCCUCAGACAAUUCUGGAUCAUGAUCGAAUAAUUUGGCUGGGGGAUUUAAAUUAUCGGAUAGCCCUUUCUUACCGUGCAGCAAAGGCUCUUGUUGAGAUGCAUAAUUGGAAGGUUCUGUUGGAGAAUGACCAGCUACAUAUAGAGCGGAGACAAGGUCGGGUCUUUGAAGGAUGGAAUGAAGGGAAAAUAUAUUUCCCUCCCACAUACAAGUAUUCAAACAAUUCAGAUAGAUAUGCAGGUGAUGAGAGACAGUCAAAACAAAAGAGAAGAACUCCAGCAUGGUGUGAUCGUAUCUUGUGGUAUGGAAGAGGCCUCCGCCAAUUAUCAUAUGUUCGUGGGGAGUCAAGAUUCUCGGAUCAUAGACCAGUUUAUAGCAUGUUUCUGGCAGAAGUUGAGUCUAUUAGCCGUAACCGAAUAAAGAAAUGCUCUAGUUGCUCCAGUUCAAGGAUUGAAGUAGAAGAGUUGUUGCCUCAUUCACACGGUUACAGUUACACUGAUCUGAGUUUCUUCUGAUGAAUGCUAUGAUACAUAUUCCGUCUGAUCAACCUGACUAAUUGAGGAAACUGAAGUAGCAAAGUAUACCAUACAAGGUGGGCAAUGCUCUGGGGAAUUCUAGCCCCAAUGGUGAUGUAAACAUUCUGUUACCCUCACAGUCCCAAUUAAGCUGCAGAGUUUGAUUUUGCCUACAACCACAGAAACUGAAUAAUCUUUUUGGCAGACUAAUUAAUCACUCUCUGGUUCAAAUAAAACAUAAAAAGAAUUACCGCUGUGAAGGAGGGUACUCAUUGCUUGUGUUAGAAAAAGAUAUGUGCAAGUUCUGACGUAUAUGAAGCUUCUUUUCUCGUGGCAGCUAAUGAUUUCACCGAGGACCAUUAAAGCUAAUGAGUAAAUUUUUAUUAUGGCUUUGUUUUCAACAUGUUGUAGUGUUUUCUUUUUCUGAUUAUUAAGAUCAAAGUUGCAACCAAAAGGAAAGAAGGAAAUGCGCACAACAUACAUUGCUUUAUUGGCUUUUUAUCAGAAAGUCAUUAUUUUUGUAA